GUCUAUACCAGCGAGUAGCAUGUCGCAAGCCAUGCCAACGAUGUCCUUAAUGUCAAUGGCAGGGUUCUCGAACGUUCCGGCGUUCUCCUAAGGAAGCGAAACUUCGAUUCAAGUAAUACGUGUUCCACGAACAACGUUCGGUUUCCCGGAGGGAGAAGUGAGUAGCACACGUUGCGGUAUCACGAGUGAUCGAGGAGUCGGUGAAGUGCCUGUUUUCGAAGAAGAAGAAGAAGAAGAAGAAGAAGAAAAGAAAUGUUCAGCAGAAAUUGCCACAGCGACGCGCGCCUGGAUGGGAAGACCGUCGUCGUGACAGGUGCUAAUUGUGGGAUCGGUAAAGAAACAGCCAGGGAUUUGUAUACCAGAGGUGCUAGAGUAAUUUUAGCAUGCCGCGAUCUCACCAAGGCGAAAGAAGCUAUAGACGACAUAAAAGAAAAUUUUACAAAGUCUGUUCUCAAUGGAGAGGAAGAUAAAAACGCGCCAGGACAAUUAGAAACUUACCAUUUGGAUUUGACUAGCUUGAAGAGCGUGAAAAAGUGCGCGCAACAACUUUUAACGACCGAGCCUAAUAUCCAUAUAUUAAUAAACAACGCAGCUGUGAUGAUGCACCCGUUUGAAAAAACCGAGGACGGUUUCGAAACGCACUUUCAAGUGAACUUCCUCGCGCUCUUGCUUUUCACGUUGUUAUUGUUGCCGAAGAUCCGUGAGUCGGGACCAGGUUGUAGGAUAGUCAACGUAUCGUCUCUUGCAUACAGAAUUGGGAGUAUCAAUUUCGACGAUUUGAACAACGAACAGUCGUACAGUCCAGUCAAGGCUUAUUGCAAUAGUAAAAUGGCUGUGAAUUUGAUUACUACAGAGCUGAGCAGACGAUUAAGAGCUGCAGGGAUUGAGAAUAUAAAUACAUACAGCUUGCACCCGGGUGUGGUUAACACGGAACUGGGACGUUACCUCGAUAAAACUACUUUUAGGGGUCUACAGGCAAUAUGGAAAUUCUUCGCGCCGGUAUUUAGCAAAACCCCGAAACAGGGCGCCCAGACGACGCUGUACUGUGCUGUGCAUGAGAAAACGGCAAAUGAAAGCGGCCUGUAUUACGAAAAUUGUAGAGCGACUUCUCUCUCGUCGAAAGCUAGCGAUCCCGAAGUGGCGGACAAAUUAUGGAAGCGCGCCUGCGAAUUACUUGGACUGCCGUCCAACGCGGACCUCAACGAACUGCUCAAAGUGACGAAGACCGAAGCGACCGAGUAGAUAUAAUACGUUUAUAAUAAAAGGAGAAAUUAUAUGUUUUCGUUUGCGUGAAAUGAUUUGAUACUAUACAAUAAUGUAUUUCGUUUUUUAUUAAAUAAAUUUGAAAACUCA